AUGUGGAACAAUAAAGGUCGCCAUGUCCUAAAUUCUCAAACCACAGGUCGUCAGAUCCUAAAUUCCAAAACCACAGGUCACCAGAUCCUAAAUUCUAAAACCACAGGUCGCCAGAUCCUAAAUUCUAAAACCACAGGUCGCCAGGUCCUAAAUUCUAAAACCACAGGUCGCCAGGUCCUCAAUUCUCAAGCCACAGGUCGCCAGAUCCUAAAUUUUCAAACCACAGGUCGCCAGAUCCUAAAUUCUCAAACCACAGGUCGCCAGAUCCUAAAUUAUCAAACCACAGGUCGUCAGAUCCUAAAUUCUCAAGCCACAGGUCGCCAGGUCCUAAAUUAUCAAACCACAGGUCGCCAGAUCCUAAAUUCUAAAACCACAGGUCGCCAGAUCCUAAAUUCUCAAACCACAGGUCGCCAGGUCCUAAAUUCUCAAACCACAUGUCGCCAGAUCCUAAAUUCUCAAACCACAGGUCGCCAUGUUCUAUACUCUCAAACCACAAGUCGCCAUGUUCUAUACUCUUAA